AUGACGAUUUCUAACGGGAAAGAUACACCGGAUGGUUUUGCCCAAUCGGGAAGUACUUCGCCGGAUAUUAAGCCGGAUGUUGGGAUGCUCGACUUCAACCAUCUCCCCAAAAAUGUUUGCCCAACGUUUUGCGUGGUGUGUGGGGACAAGGCAGCUGGAUACCAUUAUGAUGUGCCAAGCUGUAACGGAUGCAAAACGUUUUUUCGACGUACCGUAUUGGACCAGCGGAAUUUUACUUGUAAAAAGGGUGGCCGCUGUUUUGAGAUUUUACCGAAAGAAAGGAGAUGUUCCUGUCGAGCAUGCCGAUUUCAAAGAUGUGUGGAGGUUGGAAUGAACCCAUUAGCCAUUCAAACCGAUAAAAACCUGCAAUCCAAUGAAAUGUUCCGAUCUCUUGUCUCCAAAAGAAAAACAACCGAUGCUGAAGAGCUGGAAGAACCACCGAGGGAUUCCAAGAUCUUGAUGGAACUUCGGUUGAAGGAAAAUACAUUUGAAAGGCUCAUUGAAGGCUUGCAAUACCUUGAGAUAAAGAUUGGAGGCCUGAAAGCUAUCCUAAAAAAGCACUCCGCUCUCUCACAAGCCGAUAACCUUGGGCCGAUGCCCGAUUGGCCCCUAAAACCACUUCCUCCAUUUGACCCGUCACACGGCUGCAAGCCAUGCCAGGACCCGGUUAGACAGGCGUGGCUGAAGAUGCCAAACCGGAAGAAUUGGUUCUUUUUUGACUUGCUGAUGGCUGUGGAAUAUACGAAAACAUUCGAAUUUUUCUCGCAACUUGAUGAAAGCGAUAAGGUGAUACUCACCCGCUACGUCUCACUCAUGCUCCUGGGAAUUACCCAAAGUUUCUAUUCAUUCCUAAAAGACCAUGACGCCCAGUAUGUCGUCCACCCCGAUGGAACCCGCCCCGGCCAAGUUUGGGCCUGGAAAAAGGAGAACUUUUGGAACAGCAUCAGACCCAUGAUGGAAACCGUCUUUGCAUCGAACCUAGGAGCUUUGCGGAAUAAUAAAGUAACCCAUGAGGAAUACGUUCUCAUCAAGGCUAUUAUUUUAACAAAUUCUGCGAUCGAAGGGCUUACGGAGCAUGGGAGCAAGAUCAUCGAGACAGCCAGACAAAAGUAUUCGGAGGCGCUAUUUUCGCUUCAGAUGGCUAAGCUCGGUGCUGUACAUGGUCCCGCGCGGUUUCAAGAGCUGCUUUCUAUUGUGCAGUUGCUGAUUCGGACGGCCAGGAAGCACCGGGAAUGUCAUCUUUUGCAUAAUGUCACAAAACCUGCUACCCGAAGAGCGCCAAUGGUGGAAGAAAUUAUGGACGCC